UUGUGAGCCGAAUAAGGUGCAGAGAUGCCUAGUUGAAGAUACUUUUCUGGCCUCAUGUCUAUAAAAGCUCCUUGUUUUAGAAUGUGAAGUAUACUAAGGGAUUAUUCUAAGUCUGGAAAAGGACCCAGAUGAAAUUCUCACCAUUGCUAUUGAUGUCUGCUCCUAAAUUUCCUGCAGCUUUGCUGUGUGCAUGUACCAGCUGCCUACAGGCCAACUAUACAUGUGAAACGGACGGGGCCUGCAUGGUUUCCAUCUUCAAUCUGGACGGCAUGGAGCACCACGUGCGUACCUGCAUCCCCAAGGUGGAGCUGGUUCCUGCUGGAAAGCCUUUCUACUGUCUGAGCUCAGAGGAUCUGCGUAAUACCCACUGCUGCUAUACUGACUUCUGCAAUAAGAUCGACCUCAGGGUGCCCAGCGGGCACCUCAAGGAGCCAGAGCACCCUUCCAUGUGGGGCCCUGUGGAGCUGGUGGGCAUCAUUGCUGGCCCGGUCUUCCUCCUGUUUCUCAUCAUCAUCAUCGUUUUCCUCGUCAUCAACUAUCACCAGCGCGUCUACCACAACCGCCAGAGACUGGACAUGGAGGACCCCUCGUGUGAGAUGUGUCUUUCCAAAGACAAGACACUCCAAGAUCUAGUCUAUGAUCUCUCAACAUCAGGGUCUGGCUCAGGGUUACCCCUUUUUGUCCAGCGCACAGUGGCCCGAACCAUCGUUUUACAAGAGAUUAUUGGCAAGGGCAGAUUUGGGGAAGUGUGGCGUGGCCGCUGGAGGGGUGGCGACGUGGCUGUGAAAAUCUUCUCUUCUCGUGAAGAACGGUCAUGGUUCCGGGAAGCAGAAAUAUACCAGACAGUUAUGCUGCGUCAUGAAAACAUCCUUGGAUUUAUUGCUGCUGACAAUAAAGAUAAUGGCACCUGGACUCAGCUGUGGCUUGUCUCAGACUAUCAUGAGCAUGGCUCCCUGUUCGAUUAUCUGAACCGCUAUACAGUGACCAUCGAGGGAAUGAUUAAGCUGGCUUUGUCUGCAGCCAGUGGGUUGGCACACCUGCAUAUGGAGAUUGUAGGCACUCAAGGGAAGCCUGGAAUUGCUCAUCGAGACUUAAAGUCAAAGAACAUCCUCGUGAAGAAAAAUGGCAUGUGCGCCAUCGCAGACCUGGGCCUGGCUGUCCGUCAUGAUGCCGUCACUGACACCAUUGACAUUGCCCCAAAUCAAAGGGUGGGAACCAAACGAUACAUGGCUCCUGAAGUACUUGAUGAAACCAUUAACAUGAAACACUUUGACUCUUUUAAGUGUGCUGACAUCUAUGCCCUUGGCCUUGUGUAUUGGGAGAUCGCUCGAAGAUGCAAUUCUGGAGGAGUCCAUGAAGAGUAUCAGCUGCCAUAUUAUGACUUAGUGCCCUCUGACCCUUCCAUCGAGGAAAUGCGAAAGGUCGUCUGUGACCAGAAGUUAAGGCCCAACAUCCCCAACUGGUGGCAAAGCUAUGAGGCUUUGCGGGUGAUGGGGAAGAUGAUGCGGGAGUGCUGGUACGCCAACGGCGCAGCCCGCCUCACAGCACUGCGCAUCAAGAAGACUCUGUCCCAGCUGAGCGUGCAGGAAGACGUGAAGAUCUAAGCUGCUCCUCUGCCUACAUGAAGAACCUGGGCAGCGAGGGUGACCCGCAGCUGCUGUGCUGAGUGUAGUGGAGGCCUACCUCUUGUUUCUGCCCAGCCCUCUGGCCAGAACCCUGGCCCGCAAGAGGGACAGAGCCUGGGAGACUCGUUCACUCCCACAUUGGGUUUGAGACACAGACACUUUUUAUAUUUACCUCCUGAUGGCAUGGAGACUCCGAGAAAAUUGUGUGGAAAACUCGAUGCCACAACUCAACCUGCUUGCAGUGGGAAGUCCACAAAACCCGGUGCAUCUGGCAUGUAGCCAGGAAUGGUGAGGGGCCUGGGAGACCCCAGGGGUGUCCACCAUGCCUUGUGGUCAGCUGGGCUGCGGGUUUCCACCAGUCAGCCUGGCACCAAGGUGUUCAGAGGAACUGGAAGUGUAGCCCCUCUUGCAGGCAGUCCUGAGCCACGUGCUCCCCUCCUCCUCAUGGACCUCUGGAGUGACUGCCAGUGGAGAGGUAACCUGCCACCUGUCUGUCCAUGCCACGCCCUUACACGUGUGUGUAUGUGUGUCUGUAGGUGUGCACUUACCUGCUUGAGCUUUCUGUGCAUGUGCAGGCCAGGGGUAUGAUGGUCAUUCUCUCUCUGUCACAGUGAGCAACAUCCAGUUAAUCUGAUGCCCUACUUAAGUCUCUCCCUGUCCCCCAGCCCCUGCCAGGGUGGUCCUCUCCUCAGCAGGCUGCUUGCCCACCCUGUGUCAGUAGGCCCUCCUCCUCCAAUUCAGACCGGAACCAAAGCUGGCCCUCUUGUCCAUGGUAGGAGAGGCUUUUGGGUCAAAAUGUGAGUGGGGAGGGAUGGGCAGGGAAAGAAUGCUGGUGAAAGUCUUGAGUGUUUAUGUUCAGCAUCGGUGAUGGGAAAUGCGCCCGCUUAAGGGGUCUCUCCCUCAGGAACAGCAAGGGAGGGUUGAGGGGUCUGAGGCCAGAUCUUGGGAUUCAGAUUGGAAUGUCACAACUGUUUGUCCCACCCCAGGUUCUGCAAACUGCAGUGUAUAUUUUUGGUGGUGGUGGUAGGAUUGGGGUGGGGAGGGGUGGGGAACAAGGAGUUGGGAGGGACUCUGGGGUGGGAGGGAGGCAUCUGCAUGGACCUUCUUGUACUGGAUUCUCUGAUCAGGGUGGAGGGAAGAUGAGAGAUUGCAUCCACUUCAGGGGCCCUACUAAGGGAGCAGUCUGAGCUGAAUAUGGUGUUUAACCUAAGGUGUAGUAUUUAAUGAAGUCUAGAAGCCCAGCCAUGGGUGGUGGUUUGGUUAGCAUAUCUUAGGUAUGUAAUAACUUUGAAGCCAUAAGUUUUAACUGGAGUGGUUUAUUUUAUUUUAUCUUAUUUUAUUGGGAGGGUCAGGAUUUUAAUUAAUACUGUUAAGUUUUGUGUUUUUUUUUUUUUUUUUUUUUUCUUUUUGAAGCAGGGUCUCCCUGUAGCCUCAGAUGGUUUGGAGCUCGCUAUGUAGACCGGGCUGACCUUGAACUCACAGAGAUCCGCCUGCCUCUGCCUCCCAAGUGCUGGGACUACAGGCGUGCACCACCAUGCCCGGCUUCUUUUGUUUUUUUAACUGGGAAACCAUCCCUAUGUGACAGUUACCUCUUAGUCUGUUUGUUUUUAAAGAAAUCCUAAAACAAAACAAAAACAAAAAACACCAUAAAAAAUUCUUUGUUAUCAAACGCACAUAGUUCAAUCACACUGGAAAUGUUUGUCCUUGCACCUGAGCCUGUUCCCACUCCGCAGUGGCAUUUCCUCUUUGUCCUGGGGGCUUGGUGUCUUGUAGCCCACACACACACCCUCAUCCCAUGAGCACCCUUAGCCUUUUGUGCAUUGUGUGGUGGGCUGUGCCCUCUCCAGGUGUUUGCUCAGCAAAUGUGGGUAGACCCUGCUGCUGCCAGGCCUGAUGGACCUCUCUGAACUAGACAGGCUUAGGUGCUGCUCUUGGAGCAUCGGAGGAGGAUCUGAACCACUUGAGUGAAUGAGUGCCGGCUUUGAGACCAGAAGUGUUCAUGGCUGGUUCUGAGAGCUUUUAUGAGCCUGGAGUUACUGUUCUUGAAUAAGAACUGAGGAAAGAGGAUCCUGUAUCCCCUCAAAGACAACUGGUGGGCAGUGAGGUCUGGGGUUUAGAAGCCCAGGUGAGACCCCCGAAGCACUGCGUUCAUUGUGAGCCCCCUUCCUGCCCCAGUGGAGACAUGGGUGUAUGCAGGGAGCCUGCCUCCUGCCCAGCUUCUCCCUGCUGGAAGCCUGAGAACUCACCCCUGCCUUGGUCUCCCCAUACUUUAAGCCUUUAUUUAUUUCCUGAUGUGUAACUUCUUUCCUUGCAUUAAAGGUGAUCUUCCUUUAAUUCUUUGGGCCAAUUUACUGGCCACGGAACAAUUUCCCUCGAGUCCCAGUUGUCAUUAGGGGAACCUCUUUACCCUCCCCUGCUGACCUCCUGGUUCCCACCCUGCAGCCGAACCUUGGUGAUGACAGGUGAUGUUGGAACUGUAGACCUCUUUGCCUCUGGGAUCUGCCAACAUAUAUAUGCCCACACAGUGACUCUCAAGCCACUAGCCUACUCCCCAGGAGGCCCCUUUGUUCUCGGUGUGGGAAGUCCAGCUCCUCCAGCCCUCAGGAUGACUGGAGCAGGUUUUGGAGAACUCCACUCCCACCCCACCAUUCCUUACACCAAGCUGAGAGUUGGGAGAAACUGAAACUGUGGUUUGUCUCCCCAAGGCUACCCUGAUCCCACAGGGCUACCUGCACCUCUGGAUUCUGGAGUCAAAGACCAAGUCCAAGCCCGUUCUUACGUCGCCAUCAAGGCCCCCCGAACGGCAUUCUCGGUACUUCUGUUUGUUUUUGUACAUUUUAUUAGAAAGGACUGUAAAAUAGCCACUUAGACACUUUACCUCUUCAGUAUGCAAAUGUAAAUAAGUUGUAAUAUAGGAAAUCUUUUGUUUUAAUAUAAGAAUGAGCCUGUCCAGUUUCUGCUGUACAUUAUUAAAAGUUUUAUUCACAGAG